AUGGCUGGCGUCGCUCCGCCGGCGCGGAGCAGCGCGAUUCCCGACCUGAACGAGCCUUUCAUGGAGGAAGAUGUAGACGCCGCUAGGGCAAAUAUUCCCGCCGACAUGGUGGUCGACGUAGACGCCGCUAGGGCAAAAAUUCCCGCCGACCCGACCAUCCCCCUACCGCCAGGGACGAAAGGGGCUCCCGAACCCGGGCCGGACCGGUACUCGCCGCGUUCGGACACGGAGCAGCCGCCGCCAAUUGGACCAUUUCCAGAAAACGACUACAUGUAUCUGACCGUAGAGGACUUGUUGGCAGCCGACGAGAAAGAUGACGCCUUCCUGCAUAACAUUCCUCGCGACGAUUUUGCGGAAGCCGCCUUCGACAUCAACAAAGAGCUCGCCAAGAAGAACAGAUUGCUGAGGAUGAUGUGGGCUUUCCGGCAUCUGGACACGCUGGAGGCGAGAACGACCCGGGUUCAGUACCUGCGGGCGCUGCUCGACUUCAGGAGAUGGUGCUGCGCGAACCUUCCAAGACAGCCAACCGCCAGAGUCAAGGGGGACGGCGUGCUGGAACACGAGGACGAGAUAGGGAUGUACAUCGACGAAGACAUGGGUGAUCAGUGGCACACCGCCAAGGGCGACCUACAAUGGAUGCACGGUCCCUGCGUCAACGCCACGCGGAUCAGGGCGUACAUUCUGUCAAUCGCAAGGGAGUAUGGUAUUGCAAAGGCCGAGGAGCUCGAGGAGCUGAAUCCCGACGUCCGUGUCCAGCCCCUGAAGCCGACAUCGGUUUCGAUGCUGCUCAUCCGUAUCAAAGCGCUCCAGACAGCCUGCAAGGUCGAGGGGACGCUCUUUGGGGUGAAGGAGCUCCACAUCAUGUACGACAUCUCCGAGGUCCGCUCGGAGGUGCGCGCGAUGGUCAGAGAGAAGUGGCACAGGGACGACAGGGAUUGCGUCGACCGGCACCGCGGAACGCUCGGCGACACGUACACCACCGACCAGAUCCGCCACCUCAUGUUCAAGCUCAGCCGAUCGCCCACUUCUCGAUGUGUGCCGCCCCUCGACUUCACGACUCCGUACAGCUGGUAUCACAAGCACCUCUUUCAUGCUCGGAACGACAAGGAACAAAAAGAGCUGCCGGCGUCAUCUCAUUCUCGGAUCACGAAAGAGAUGUGGCGGACGAACAACAUCUUCAUCACGCGCAACACCCACGCCGCCCGGGCGGGUGGGGCACAGGAGCUGGCCGACGACGGCGUUCCGCGAUCUGACAUCGCCGACUUGGGCCACUGGGCGCUCGACAAGCUCGCGAAGAGCUACAUCACGACCAUCCCGAAGGCGGCGGUGUUGAGAAAGGCCGGCUACACGGGCAAGCGCGGCGACUACCACCUCGGCCGGAGCAUGGUGAAGCCCGACGACAAGGUGGUGGCCCUCAUCGCCCAGCACAUCUUUCCGUGGGCUGAAGCGGAACUGGCCAAGGUGAGCAUUUCGGACGGCAAUAACGCCGACAACCCGCCGACCAUUUCCACGACGACAUUAUUCCGACGGCUGAUUGUGUUUGUGUUUGUGUUCGACUCGCAGGCGGUAAAAUGCGCAUCCGCGAGAGAGCCCAACACGGCCGGGGUGCACUUCCUGCAAUCGCUCAUCGAGUUCGGCCGCCGAAUCGUCGCCGAGGAUCUUGCGUGCAUGGUGAUGCGCGAACCGUGGCACCCGUACGUCCAGAGUUCCAAGCUCUGCCGCGACCCCGACUUCCAAAAAUGGGCCAAGGACGUCAACCGGGUGGACCUCGAAACCAUCGCGACGCGCAGUACUCCGAGCGAGAACCCCCAAGAGGAAUUCAGCGCGCGAAUCGACGCCGAAUAUCAGGUCGACCAGCUCACCAUGAUGCUGCACCGCCAGAGGGAGGAUGCCGCGAUCGAGAAGCUUGAGAUGCAGAAGAAGUUGGAGGAGAAGGACGCGGAGAUCGCGAAGUUGAUGCAGGCUCUCAAGCUGGCCGAGGCACGGCCGACGCCGUCUGCGCCCGCACCGUCAAGGCCGAUGACGGCCGCCAAGAAGGCAGCGUCCGUCAAGAUCGAGAAGGAACAGGAGGAUGACCUGACGUACGAGGUCAACGUCGUGCAUCCCUGGCGCACAUCCAAGACGGUCGAGGCUGCAUGGCGCUGGUGGAACAACCCGUCCAACUUCGACUCGCGUCCGUUGCGCGAACGUUUCGACGAGCACAGAUUCCUCGUCAGACACACGCGCAUGAUCUGCAAGGUCGAAAAGGGCGACAAACCCGCCGCGUCGGCGAAGUCGGCAAAGAGCUCUAGUCCCACGACCGAGGUGGGUGAGACGGGGAAAAACGAUGCGCUGCAGCACUGCACUCGCCGGAUGAGGCGGAUCAUGGAAGCGCUGCACGACUUGCGGCGGAGCGACGACGCCGCUGACACCGCCGCCGUCAUCAAGCUACUCGACCACCUGGGGCGAGCGAGGCUUUCCACUUUCAGCGACGCGCUCUUGGUCCUCCGUGCAACCCCGCCCAUCAAGGUCCCCACCACAGCCGACGGAAAGUCGGUCGGCAUCAAGGGUCUGGACAAGCCGCUGGCGAGGAAGCUCGCCGUUGCGUGGGGCGUGGUCACGGCGGGCUACAUGGACGCUGACUGGGGAAAGAGGCUCUUCGGCGACUUGUGGGAUGAGCAGGCCAAUAAGGCCGGCUUGGAGGCCGAGGCGACGGUGGGAGCCAUCGGCGCAGGGAAGCGCAAGAGGGCGGGCUGA